AUGAAAAGUUUGGUUGCUCCCCCCGAACCAAUGCCGCCCCGAAGCCGAGUCGUUGAAAGAGCUUCGUCUGGUGGUGAGUGGUGCCGAUGUCCUGUAUUUUUGGGGGCGACACGCAGUGCGACAAAAGCCGCCCGCAGCGUUUUUAUACGCGCACAUAAUUCAGAGUGGGAAAACACUGCCCUGGCCCUGCCAAAAGUUAAUGCCCAAAAGCAAAGGGAAGCCGCCGCAAUGAUAACCAACAAUAAUUUGGAUUAUGAGCAGACCAGCAGCAGCAGCAGUGGCAGCAGCAGCGGCAGGACAAGCAACGGGGGAGCAUCGACAGCCACCAGAACAGCAGCAUCACUCGUAGCAUCAGUCGUGGCAGCAGCAACAACCACAAUGACAACAGGCAACAAUCGGAAUGGCAGCACCAGCAGCAGCAGCAACUCCUCCCCCACGGCCGACAAUUCCAACUCAAAUUCAAAUUCAAAUUCGAAUUCCAACUCCAAUUCAAACUCUUAUUUCAAUCGGUUCGACAAUCGCAUUGCCGCCAAUCUGGCUGCUGUGCUGACGGGUGCUGGGGCCCGCUUUAGGUCCUCCUCCUGCAGCAAUCGCCAGCAGCAGCAUCAGCAGCAGGCGACCAACAGCAACACUCCACGCUCCCCGAUGCAUGUCUCGACCAUUAGCAGAGGUAAGCACGGUCUCGGACUGGGCGCUCCCUCAUCGCCAGUCACUCUGGGACGUCGCCGGCCACUGCAACUCUUCACGCACGCCAAUCUCAACUGCAAUGACAACGAGAAGGUGGCCCAAACGCCCAGCUCCGAUGAGGACAACUCACCCACAGAGCUGAACAAUUGCAAGCGGCUGACGGACAAGCCUCCACUGGUCAAACGCUUAACCAUGGGUCUGCUGCGUCACAACGAGGAGUCACGCCCACUGGUGGGCAACAUGACGCCCUUGAGGGCUCCUCUGGACAGCCAGCCGGUCUACUCGAAUGGCUACAUCAACGAGGACUCGUACAUCGACAGCAAGUUCGGUGACUCAUGCCGGCAGUCCCUCACAGCCAUCCCCAUGCUGGACAAUGUAAACCUGAAUGACAACAACGAGUUCAACCUGAAGAAACGAUAUCUGCGAGAGACGAGCAGCGCCAACUCCAGUCCAAAGAUCUUUGCGAAUCGCCUGCGAAUGAAUCAGGGCGGAGCCAGUGCCCAGCGGAGCAGCAGCCUGGCCAACACACACAGCAAUGUGGGCGCCGACGAGGAGGAGGAGCUGGACCUCAAGGACGCCUGCUGGUAUCAGGCGGGCAUUUCCCGCGACAUUGCCGUGGAGGUGCUGCAGAGCAAGAGUCCGGGCGCCUUUCUGGUGCGCAAGAGCAGCUCCAAGCCGGGCUGCUACGCCCUGACACUGCGUGUGCCAUCGCCACCAGGCCCAAAGAUAGCAAACUAUAUCAUUCUAAGAUCCCCCAGGGGCUACAAAAUUAAGGGUUUUCGCAAGGAAUUCUCCAGCCUUAAGGCAUUGAUCACACAUCAUUCGGUGAUGCCGGAGCUGCUGCCCGUGCCGCUGGCCAUGCCGCGACCCACAAAUAUCUCCUCAUCGCGGCGGAAUCUCGACGACUUUGAUACCUACGACUCGCUGCAAAUGCUGCUCAAGUAUCUGCGCGCCAAGAACGCCGAGACGGAGCAGCAGCAGCAGUAGCUAAUGGCGGACAUUGAACAUCUGGUAGCACAAAAUUACAUUUAAGUUCUAAAUUAUGCGCAAGCAAAAGAAUUUUGCUGGCAUUCGAUACCAUGAAUAUGUGAUACUCUCUACGAAAGAAAAGAAGGAAAGAUAACCACAAACAAACACACAGAAACUGCAAAUGAAACGCCUAGCUGAUAAAUGGUGAAAGUAUUUCUAGUUUAGUUUAGUUACUUGAUUUAAGUUUGAUUGCGUUUUGAAAUGUGUGAAAGAAAACUAACUAAAGCAAAG